GUCUAUGAUACUAUCAAGAGUAUCGGAUAUAUUAUAGCCGAGUUUAGGUUGAAACUAUAAGGGGAAGCCUGUGCAGACCAAACACAACAUUCCUCCACGCAGUUUAAACAUGAGUCAAUACGGGAUGUCACAAAUUUUGUUCGGGCAUGUCAACGGGCAGGAGAUAACCGUUUCAUUCGAAUCCUGCAGGUUUAUACUGACGUACAUGAGUUAGGUUCGUUGUAUUGGUAGAUGAAGCGUUGUAUAUGGAGAGUUUCAGCAGGUCUUCCAUCUCACUAAUGUACUAACAUGAUGAAAAUGCUGUAUUCAACCGUUUUUCUAUCGUUGUUGUGGAUACACACAUCUGUGGAAGCUCACACAUGCAGAGGGAGGUGUGAUCUUGUUGUCAAUUAUGCAACAUGUCAGUGCGAUAAUAAAUGUAUCACUAAUGGAAAUUGCUGUCCAGACUUCUGGUCCACAUGUCUAGAUAUAAGAUUAACAGGCGGAAUCUCUCCGAAUGAAGGCCGAGUAGAGCUCGUGUUGGGUUCGGAAAGCAUCGGGUCGAUCUGCGAUGAAGGCUGGUCUAUAAUGGACGCUACAGUUGCCUGUAAUCAACUUGGUUAUCCUGGAGCAGCGCUAAGAACUAUGGGAGAAGUUUUUGGAUCGGGGAAUCUCCCUUUAAUUGCCUCAACAUUUCUGUGUAAUGGAGAUGAGGGUAAACUGACAGACUGUCGCUACACCAAAACCCGAGGCUUUUGUCCAUCUGGCGGUGGGGCUGGAGUCGUUUGCCAAAAGCCUGGUUACCAGGGUUGCUUCGGCCGUUCGUCUUCUUCCUUACUCCUGCGAGACAACCAUCUCUCUGAUAACCGAAUGACUGGCGACCUCUGCAUUCAACAUUGUGAUAAGGGCAAGUAUGAGCUGGCUGCCGUACGAGCUACUGACUGUACGUGUGGAUUAGGUAUACCAAUAGACAGCGACUAUUAUCACGACUACAGAUGUCGUAUGCCAUGUCCUGGCGACUCACGACAGGUCUGCGGAGGAUACACUGAGGGAAGACUAAUGGUCUAUAAGACUAAUACCGGGUUUUGUAGACACCCUGGAGAUCCCGCCAAUGGCAAACGACAAGAUGACUACUUCCGAUUCGGGGCAAAGGUCAAAUUUCGCUGCAACACAGGUUAUAAACUGUUAGGUAACACUACAAUACAGUGCAUACCACGUGAUCAGACUCAACGGCCAAUCAAGAGCCUGGCUUGGGAUGGUAUAGCACCUGUUUGUAUAGGAAAUGGAACAUCCAUCCAGAUGCCAGGCCCUUCAAAAGGAACAGGUGGCGUUAGAAACAUCAUCAUUGGCUUAGUAGUAGCCUUCCUCAUCAUUCUCAUUCUACUCAUUCUACUAACAAUAUGGAGGAUGAGGAGAAAGAUGAACAAAGAAGCACCACCUCCACCAGCCCCAAUGCCGGCCUUCAAUGACUCGCCACCCAAGUCUGACCACACGGUACAAGCCAACGCCGGUGCUCGCCCGGUCUAUGCCAUCCUCACACCCCGGUCAGACAGAGGAAGUAAUACAAGCAACGCGGAUAAAGGCGCCAAUAACAAAUUUGGUGGACAAAAUAAGAACUUUAACAAGUGCAUGCCAGCCGGAUACUCCAAUUCCGGUCAUGGGUAUUUCGCGACGAGUCGGGAAAAUUAUGUCAUGUCACCGACGAUAGAUUCACAUUCAGGCACAUCGGGAAAGGUGUUUUACUCAACUAAGAUCAAGAAUAACAUAGACUAUCAAUGUGAAUAAUAAUACCCUAACAUUCAAUAAUCGGUUUAAGAUAAAAUGAACAAAAGAAUUCCCGACUGAGUCAAUCGCCUGUGACAACGGAAAAAAAAAAUCCGAAAAAUGAGAGAACGCGUGUUUCAAAAGGAACAGAAUGUAGAGAGGGUUGAGAGAGAGAGAGAGAGAGAGAGAGAGAGAUAGAGAGAGAG